UUCAUUUGUUUAUUUAUAUUACUGCUGUUGUAUUCCUGUACACCCCCAUGUUAAACAUUGUUAGUGGUAUCGCCCAAAGUAUGACAAGGAACACGGAAGUGGCUCGGUGUUUGUAGCAUUUCCGCUUUCAGAGAAGAGCCGGAUAUAAAGAAAUGACAGCGACUUUGCGUCCAUACCUGAAUGCAGUACGAGCAACACUGCAGGCAGCUCUCUGCCUGGAAAACUUCUCCUCACAGGUGGUUGAGCGCCACAACAAACCUGAGGUUGAAGUACGGAGCAGUAAGGAAUUGUUGCUGCAGCCAGUUGUGAUUAGCAGAAAUGAUAAAGAGAAGGUUCUUAUAGAAGGUUCAAUCAACUCUGUUCGUGUCAGCAUUGCAGUAAAGCAGGCUGAUGAGAUUGAAAAGAUUCUGUGCCACAAGUUCAUGCGCUUUAUGAUGAUGAGAGCUGAGAACUUUUUCAUUCUGAGGAGAAAACCAGUGGAGGGCUAUGAUAUUAGUUUCCUCAUCACUAACUUUCACACAGAGCAGAUGUAUAAGCACAAGCUGGUGGAUUUUGUCAUCCAUUUCAUGGAGGAAAUUGAUAAGGAAAUCAGCGAGAUGAAGCUCUCAGUCAAUGCAAGGGCACGAAUAGUUGCUGAAGAAUUUCUCAAGAAUUUUUAAGAAUGUACCUGCUCAACCUCGGCGCACUGCAACACUUCACCAUGGUCAGCAUAUGUGGGGUGGAGGUUUGGGACCUUGAAACUCAAGCAAGCAACAGGGAGUAAAAGAGAAAACACAACGUGUAUAACAACAUAAAGCAAUAAGGACCAAGUGGAUUCCGGGUGUGUCCGAAUUCAGAGUAUUGCAGUGAUCUCAACCAAAAGCACUCAUGGAAUUCAAAGACUCUCUGUACUGUCCGGUAGCUAUUAAAAUUGCAUUAUUAAUCCUGUUGUGCCAACUUCAUUUGCUUGUUCAUUAACUUGCUCCACAACCUUUUAAUACUACUUCAUGAUCUUUUUUUGAUAGUAAUUUCCACUUAUAUCUUCCCUCUGCAGUUUAACCUCAUCAUUAUUCUAUAUAGUUAAAUGCUCACAAUGCUGCAGUAUGCCUACACCUUAUCUUCCUCCAUGCUCAUGAUUCAACUUCUGCAUAUAUGCUGGACAAACCUUCAAUAUCAGGGUGGACAUUCUUUAAAAUGUCUUUCAAUAUUCUUGAGCAUAAAAAAAAACGAGCCAAUGUUCCAAUAAUGUAAACUGUGUUAAUGCUCUUGAAUUAUUUGUAAAAUAUAUGUAUAUUGUGUGCAUAGUGACAUUUUCAUGUCUGAUUUUGAUAUAUUGACCUUCACGCUAUUGCACAUGGAUUACAGACCUUAUUAGUUGUAGAGAGAUGAUGAUGAAACAAUUAUGAUGAUAAUAAACAUCCCUUUAUUGCUUGUA